UUUAUGUGUAAGGACCACAAAGAUGAAGACAUUAAACUGAUGUGCAAAGACUGCAAGAAAGCAGUUUGUCAAACAUGUUGUAUUAUUUAUCACAGAAAUUGUAAGUGAGUUGUUGAAAUUGAAAAGGAAAUACCUUCAAUGAAAUCAGAGCUGACCAGGAAUAAAAACAACUUGAUGAAGAAAUAUGAUGAGAUAGAAGCUCUCGUUGACAAACAGAAAACAAGAUCCAAAGAAGAAUCAACGCGUUAUUUGCAAAUGGAAUCCGACAUCAAGUCUACCACUAAGAAAGCAAUUGAUAUGAUCAAACGCAAGGAAAGAAAACUUCUUGAUGAACUGAAAGAAAUGUCAGACGAAUACAUAAGGCAAUUGAAAGCAGACAUAAAGUCAGGAGAGUUGUCAAUAAAGAUGUACCAACUUCAGGCGGAGCUGAUAGACCAUACUCUACAAUCUGAGUGUGACAUGGAUGUGUAUGAGAUGUAUCAGGGAUGCGAGGACGGUGAUGUGGAUGCUGUCGGGAAUGCAGACCUGAAAGAGAAGGGAAGAAUAGCCAGCAUCAUGUUCAGACAGGACAUGGACAAGCUGAGUAGAGCAGUGGACGAUCUACAGCUGGGUGAGAUAGACGUCCUGUAUGAGAGUGUACUGAACCUGAAAGCGACUCCUGUGUUACAAGGCACCCUGGACGUCAGAGUAGCAGGAGAUGGAAAAGCAGCACACGCCAUUGAUAUCACAGUACUUGUUGUGAAUGGUACAGAUACAGUUGUAGUCACAGACUUCAACAACACAAAUAUGAAGUCCUUCUACACCAGGAAUAACAAGGUUUCCCACAGUAAGCUCAGUCUGAGCAGCGAACCUUACUGUGUGACAAAAGUGAAACACAACCAGGUAGCUGUCACUGUGCCAGAUACCAGACAGAUUGUAACAGUUGAAGUCAACCCUGACCUGGUGCUGCUGUCAACCAUCUCAACAAACAAACAGUACAUCGGUAUAACGUCUCUGACGUCAUCAACACUAGCAGCAGGGUCCCAGUCUCCUCCCUGUGUUGAUAUCCUGGAUAUGUCGGGACACGUGCUGAGGUCAAUCAGCCCACUCCACAGUGGUAACAACAUAUUACAGAGCCCCUCCUACCUCUGUACUACGAGGAAAGGAGACAUCCUUGUGUCUGACUGGGGAUCCAGGUGUAUUGUUUGUCUGACCCCCGGGGGAGAUGUGGUGUUCACCUACAGCCCUACAGGAGACACAGCACUGAAGUGGCCACGUGGUAUCACAAGUACCAGCACAGGUGACAUCCUGGUGACACAAGUACCAGCACAGAGUCAUUUAUCUGACUGAGUCGGGGGAGUUUGUGAGAAACAUACUGACAUCACAGGAUGGUAUUCAGGAUCCCUGGGGUGUUUGUCUAGAUGGGCGUGGUUGUAUGUAUGUGUGCUUGUCCCGUGUAGUUAAAGCGUUUUCACUGCACUAAUUAUAGGCCGACUGGACUGAAAAGUAUUGCUUUACAUAUGUUUGCUACUUUGUACAUUUGAAUUUAAGAUUUGAAAUUAAAGUAUUGCGCCACAA